GGCUUCCAACAAUCAGAAUGGAGACACGAUGACAUGUUACAAUUGUAACCAAUGUGGUCACAUCUCUCGCUUUUGUCCUUACUCUGAUCGUAGGCUUAAUGGUCAACCCUCUAACAUGAUGGCUAUUGUCCCUGCGCAUACCCCUCUUCUCACCUUACCUCCUAGUAACAACUCCAAUGUAGGAACCACAGUCCCCUCCUUCUCUGGGUACUCGGGGGGUAGUGGUUGGCUUGGCAAGCGCGUGAGCACGUUAGAAGACAAGGUAGCUAGGAUCAAUGAGAAGCAUGAGGCGGAUGAAGCGAAGGAGAAAGCAGCUCGUGAGGAAGAAGAACGUAAGAAGCGGGAGCGAGAAGAAGAAGAAAGGAGGCAACGUGAAAAGAAAGAUCGAGAAGAUUUCCAGUCGCAGAUGAAGCAGGAGCUCACGGAGAAUCUAGACAAGGUGUAUAAAACUAUCGAUGGUAAGAAGAAUGGUGACAGCGAGGAGGUGGCGAAGCUAAAAGCCACUAUUAAUGAUUUGCAACGAAGGAUGAACGGUGCAAGCACAUCGACGGAGGCUUCCAAACCUGUUUCGGAGACAGAGGAUUUGGUACGAUUGCGGCUAGAACAAGCUGCGAUGAAGACGRCGUCGGAUAAAAGACUGUCGACACUGGAGGAUGUUGURUUGGUCCUACAAAGGCAAUGUGAGGAGGCGGAAGCUAAUGCUGAAGCCUGGAAAAACGAAGCGCUUCGACCCGAUAAUAAACGGGGAAGCCUUGCGGUUGGACCCACAACGACAACUCAAGUGCGAUUUCGUCCGCGGACUACACCGGUUGAGACUCCCAARAGGCAAAUGGAGGCUGACCUGAAAGGUAUCGUUGAGCGGCAUCAAAUGGAGGUGAAAGCUCUGCACGAUUUGCAGAUCAAGGAGAUGAAGGCGCGUAAGGAUUCUGAGGAUGAGGUGGCAAGGCUUAGAGACGAGAUCGCCAAGCUGGCAAUGGAGAAGAGAACRGGCACACGUGGAACUAACUUGAAAUCAAGAUUGGAUGAAGUUGCUGUCAGGAAAGAGCAAGGUGUGGYUGAAGAUGAAGCUGGCCCUUCCAAUCGYUGACACAAGACCAAGACUGCACCGAGUCCGGCGGCGCGAUCAAUCGAUAGAGAUGCCUUUGUUCG